AAACAAUUCUGAGCUGAGAGUAAAACCCCAUCCAAAACCCUCCAUCCUGUUAGCAACAUAGUGAGUGCUGGGCAGUUCCAAUCCGAAAUGACAAUGAUUGCAAACCUUGUAUCACUCCCUCCCACAGCCCCAUUGUUUAACCGUUUCGCAGGAGCAUGGUGUUCCCGCAAACCCAUUCUGCAUUCUUGUACUAUUCGAGCCCAUUCCCACUCGUACGCUCCGAAUUCCGGCAGCGGUAUAGUAUUUCGGCAACUUCGUCUUAGUCCGAAGGCGGUUUCCGAUGAUGGGUACAACGGAAGUGAUGGUAACUCUGGUGACGGCAACAAUCAUGGCAGAGGGGGUGGCGGUGGUGGCGAUAGCAAUGGUGAAAACAAUUGGUCUUUCCUCUCAUGGUAUUUGGAUCUUCUCGCAAAGUAUCCUGUGUUGAUAAAAGCUCUGACAUCUGCAUUUUUAACUCUCAUUGGAGAUGUUAUAUGCCAGCUUGUCAUUGAUCAAGCUCCAUAUCUUGACAAGAAAAGAACUUUCUUAUUCACCUUGCUGGGUCUGGUGUUAGUAGGUCCGACGCUGCAUUUCUGGUAUUUGUAUCUAAGCAAACUGGUACCAUUGUCCGGAGCAUCAGGUGCAUUCAUGAGCCUUCUACUUGAUCAGUUUCUUUUCUCUCCUAUAUUUAUUGGAGUUUUCUUAUCGACAUUGAUGACACUGGAGGGAAGACCUUCCCAAGUGGUACCCAAGCUUCAACAGGAGUGGUUUUCUGCUGUGCUUGCUAAUUGGCAACUGUGGAUACCUUUCCAAUUCCUUAACUUUCGGUUUGUACCGCAGCAAUUCCAGGUUCUUGCUGCUAAUGUUGUUGCUUUGGUGUGGAAUGUCAUCCUCUCGUUUAAAGCUCACAAAGAGGUUCUUCAAAAAUAGAAUCCUUUCUGAUCGAAAUGGAUUCUUCCCAUCCUAUCGGUCUCAUCUUUGAUUACACUCGAGCAUCAGAUUGGUCGUUAGAACCUCUGCAGCAUUUUCUCCAGCUCAGAUAGUUGCUUUUCCCUCUUCGAACUGGUCC